AUGAUUCUCGGACCGCUCUCCUUGAUAUACCUGCUUACCGCUAUAGUCGUUGCCAACGACGUCGGUCGAGAAUACAAUCCCUUGACUGUCGAUGCAAACGUCUGGGAGUCCAAAUAUGGGUCAUACCCCUUCAAGUCGUACCGCUCGGCCAACAUCACUUCUCCUGCCGUGAGAAAAGCUGUCCACUCGCCGCAAUGUUAUGACGACAAUUACAUCUUCCUCGCUCCUCGUGGCUUCCGUGUGCCGAACCCUGCCGUCACUAUCCUGGACAAUCACGGCGAGCUCAUCUGGUCGCAUACCGUCAAGGGUCAACCAUACAACUUGAAAGUCCAAGAGUACAAAGGAGAAAAGGUCUUGACUUACUGGGUCGGCGAUGACGCUGUCGGAGGUCAUGGAGAGGGCUACUUUUACGUCCUCAACAACAAGUACGAGGAAAUAGCCAGCAUUAGGGGUGUCAACAAUCUACGUGCAGACUUACAUGAGUUGACCAUCACACCUGAAGGCACUGCCCUGGUCACCUUCUACCAGAUCUACCCUCUCAACCAGCCCGGUGUCUUCAAGAUCAAAGACACCGUCUGGAUCUGGGAUUGCCUAUUCCAGGAAUUCGACAUUGCGAACCAAGAGUUGGUCUACGAAUGGCGUGCUUCAAAACAUCACAACCUCAACGAGUCCUACGCUCCUCUUGGCGGAGAUGGCUACACUACUGAUCAUCCAUACGAUUGGUAUCACAUCAACAGUGUGGAAAAAGACCAUCUAGGCAAUUACCUCGUCUCCGCCCGCUUUACCUCCUCAAUCACCUACAUCAAUGGCAAAACCGGCGAGAUCAUCUGGGUUCUUGGCGGCAAGCGUAACUCCUUCUCUGACUUGAGUAAUGGUCAAGCGACGAACAUGGCUUACCAACAUCUCGCUCGCUUUCACCCUCUGACUAUUUUCCCGAAAUUGCUUGCCAAGGAAAUUUCGGAUCACGGAGUUGCAAAGCACAAGGACGGCAUUACCAAACAGUUGCUUUCCGCCUUCGACAAUGGGAUUGACUCACGUCCUGCCAGAGGCAUCUUGAUCGAGCUCACUUAUCCUUCCCAAGGAGUCUCCACCAAUGCCCCUCUGACAGCCAAACUCGUCAAAUCCUACGAACACCCUUUGCACAUCCCCUCAAUCAGCCAAGGAAGCAUGCAACUCGUGACCUCGAACCUCACUGCAGAUUCGGACCCUCACGUCUUGAUAGGUUUCGGCUACACAGGCGUCUGUACCGAAUAUCUAGCCGACGGCACAUUGCUGUGUGAUUCUCGAAUCACCACAGAAAACGCAUUUGGCAAAGGACAUGUGCAGAGUUAUACCGCUUUGAAGUAUCACUGGACUGGCCAACCUUCUUAUCCUCCUUCUUCUGUCCCUGGCAUCGCGAAGACCUCGGUGUUUGUGAGUUGGAAUGGCGCGACUGAGGUUGAGAGUUGGCAACUGCGCUUCUUGCUCGAUGGGGAAGCUGGCAAAGUGGUUGCAACAGCCGACAAAACUGGUUUCGAGACUGAGAUCCCCUUCCCUGAGGACUUUGACAAAGAGUCUAUGAGGUAUUUCAUUGUUGAGGCAUUGGAUUCAGAUGGCCAUGUCUUGGGCAAAACAGAUAUUGUGGAUCUCUGGGCUGCUGGCUUGGUCAGUAGGGUCACGCAGAUGGUGCCAUUGAGUGGGGUCUCGGUUUCUUUCCUUGGCGUGCUGGCUGCCGUUGCGGUGGUGCUGUUCGUCGCCAAUCGCAUCGUCAAGGCGAGGAUGAGUGGCUAUCAGAAACUUAGACGCCAUUGAUGGGUCUGCACUUGCUUUUGUGGGGUUUCAAACGGGCUAUUUAGUUUACCCGCUCAUCAUCCUUUCACUUCUUUUACCCGCAUUGCACCUAGCAUUCUUGCUCGGGUAUAUGACCUACGUUCCAAUCUAUUUCCUAAACCUGCCCAGCUUCGAAACUGUCUCUUCCACAGCAUGGAUGGAUUAUAGAUGAAGCGUGCCUAUUCACCUCCAAAUCUUGCUUCGGGAGGAGACCGAACACGUGGUACGAUCAAUCAGGUCAGUGAUACUUCGUGAUUCUCGAUCAAUUAUUGCUAUUACUGUCACAGAUCUUUUUGCGGGAAAUUUGCUAUUACUGUCACAGAUCCUUUCGUGGAAAAGCUUGCUUGUCAGGGUUUAGUCAAGAAAUAGUAUCUAUGACAAUGUAUCAUUGACCUCCUC